GUUGCGCGCUCCCUCCGUACCCACUCUCUUUUCCCCUCUCUCUCUCUCUUUCUCUCUCUCGCCAGUUGCUCGCUUUUCGCUUCCGGUAGUCGUCUGUUCCACAUACAGUCAUCUAGCCAUCAUGCGAAAACCAUGAAGACAGUCUGGCGCUGAGGACAAAAGGUUGCUUUACCGGAGAAUUCGUUUGAAUGUCCCUGGUCAGACUUGCUCGACCUUCCUCUCCAUUUUAAUUUGUCCCUUGUGUCCUGAGUGCAAAUCACCAUGGAUUUGUCAUUUAUGGCUGCGCAGAUUCCCGUUAUGACGGGCGCCUUCUUCGACUCGUCACCAAACGAUGACUACAGCACAGACCACUCACUCUUCAACUCGUCGGCAAGCGUCCACGCCGCCUCCAUGGCAACCCACAACCAGCCCGAGGAACAGCAGCCCAUGUCACGCGAUGCCAUCUGGCUCUGGAUCGCCAUAACCGCCACCAUCGGCAACAUCGUGGUGGUCGGCGUGGUAUACGCCUUCACCUUCUGAGGCCUGGACUGAGGAUGGCCGGACGGUUGGUAUUGGACUGGGCAUGGGUGAAGGAGAGGAGAAGCCAGUGGCAGAGGAAUUAGCUGCACAGAUAGUGGAUGUGGAAACCCAAUGAAGGCACUUUUCUCCAUCCUCUAUGUUUUUUUUUUUUAUUUGUUGUGUAUUUCAUCUGACCACAACACAAAUCACAAGGGUUUUUUUAUCACAAAAAAAGAUUUUGAAGCAAACGUUUUGGAAGUGAUGUAGAAGACUCAAAAGGGACUGGACAUCCUAACCUAAACUCCAGUGAGUUGGUCUCAAAACCUGAAAGAACACAACUGGACAAAAACUACUGCCAAAGGUUUUAGGCUGUUUAGCAUCUUUAAAGUCUUACUUUCCCCUUUUGUUAGCCGAGAAACAUGCUAUAAUAAGCUUUAAAUGUACUCAGUGUUGGUUUUUAGAACUUACCAAGUGCAGUCCUGUACAGCCAACUAUAAAUUAUUGUCGCCGUCUAUUGUACAGAUGUACACACACAUGUAAACACUGCCUGAACAGUGGUGGCUCUUGGUGUAGGUAACAUAGACACAUUCCUAGGUUGGCAACAGUCAUGGUGGGGGUGGGGGUGGGGGUUGGGGGUGGGGGGGGUCACAGAUUUCUAAUGCUGAAGGACCAAAUGAGCCAGAACCACCACUGUAAGUUACCCCAGCACCCUGCUGACACACACACUCACGGGUGAACCCAGUUCUGCCUUUGAAGAGACUGAGAACUCUUUGUGAGGGUUGUCAUUGUGAGGGUAGGGUGGUGUGUAAAGGGGACGGUAUGGCUCAAUAACGAGUCAUUUUCUCUCUUAGCCUUGAUUGCUGACUAGACAAUCUGUUCCCUUCAGAAGUAAUUAUUAUCCCAUUCUAGUUUUCGAUAUCAACUUUUGCCACUUUGCUUGUUCUGAAAUGACGACAGGCAUAAUCUAAUUUGAUCGCAGCUACUGAGAGAAUUUCAAUUCCCAGACAGUCUGGCCUGCCACGGCCCUAUGUAUGGCUAAUAAAUACUGCAUCUAAUUGGUAAAGGCUGUGAAGGCAGAUUCAUUUCGAUGCUGUCUCAAAUCACAGUGAUAAUCUGUCUGCUUUCACACACAAAAAAGAAGAAGGUCUUCUGGAGACUGCCGAAAUUAAUAACAAGAAGUCAGUUUGACUUGCACUGUGAGUUACGAUAUAGCUGUGCAGAAAGAAAUGAGUAAGAAGUUUAAAAAAAAAUCUCCUCAUUGUAUUUGGCCAACUCUGUAGCUUAACAAAACGAGAGCCUGCCUGCUUUUAAUGAGCUCCGGAUAAGAGGCUGCCGUUGCCAUGGCGACCCGACCAUGCUGUUCCCCUUCCUCCAAAACGCAGAGUGUUUGGCAUCCUUUUGCUGCUCCUUCUUCUCCGAAACACACCACAUAACUUGAAUACUGGCAAACUUCCCCACACCAAGAUAUGAUAGAGUGCUCUUAUUUGCAGUGUAGCGACAACAAACCUCUUCACUUGCACAGUACAGACAGUCCUAACUCUCUUCUACUCGGCUAUGGCUCAUGAUUCAACUGACGAGUUAUACUCUGUGCCCAGAACAAUGCAGCAGCUAUACUACCAGUAUAGACUGACACCUUUGACCUUUCUUGGAACACCCACCCACCCAUUUGCCUGGCAGUAGCCUCAGUGAAAGCAUUAGGGUGAGAUGUGUUGUUGUUAUUGGAGAUGGAGGGGUUGGGGGUUGUUGGGUACUGAAGUGUCUGUAAAUCUCAAACACUCCCUCAUCCAUGCUGCUGGAGAGGUCACGCUGAGCUUGCUAACAAAACCAUCAGCCGUUAGCGACAACGCAUAGCCAAUUGCCCCAGCCCCCAACGCUCGUCUCUUUGACCGUCACUUAACGAUCCAUUUCUGGAUAGCAAAAACCCAUCUUUUGUCUGUCUUAAUUUACGAGGCAAUCCUUUCACACACACACACAUCUGCCGCCUGUUUUCCUACCAGGGUGGUUUUAAAUCGAUCCUAAUUGAUUGGCCAUAUUUUUUCCCUCCCUCUUGUGACAGACGACUCACGGGGAUGGAGGUUAAGAUUUCUUAAUUCUGUUGCACUGCAUUUGAUUUACACAAAGUGGCAGAGAAAGGGAAAGCAACACAUAAACCAUUUAAGGGUGACUUUAAGACUGCAAGGUCAUUUGAUGGCAUCCCCUGUGUGUUUACACCUGAGAUUCUGACAUGUUCUCUGAACACUGAUGUUGUAAAUUUGGCCUCCCCUGUGCAUAAAAGCCUGGCAGGCUGUAUUAGCGUUGAUAAAUUCAUGGGUGUGUCAAGCCAUCAGUGUGUUACUGUUGCUCAGCCAAAUCUACAGCAUCAUUCACGUGUCUUUUCGGAGAUUUACACAGUAAACUGCAAUGGUAUCUGCUUAGAAACUGUGCAGAUUUAUAUUUAUGUAUAUAUAUAUAUUUUGCGUAGGCUCUUCAUAUCCUGAACAGAGAGCUUCUCUAUAUUGAUGUGAGUGAAUAGUCUAGACAAGGAAUUCCACUGUCUACGUGUGGUCGCAUUGCACCUCACUUGUAAAACAAUAUGUUCUCCUUUUUUGCUUUCUUUUUGUACAAAUAUAUUAAAAAUGUCAUCAUUAAAUGUCA